AUGGGAGGGAGGGGGCGAAAAGAAGCCUAUGGAAGUGUGCGGGAUGUCAGCGGGGGUCUUCCACAGCUUUUGGGCGGGGCGCACGGGCAAGCCUCCCUCACCCACUGGUGCUGUGGGGAGGAUAGGGACCAGUUUCAGCCCAAAACGAUCGGCUCUGGCUCCUGUCGUCGCUGUCAUCGCUGUCUGCCGGUCACCACAAGUGUCUCGCUGCUGUCGCCUCUGUCCCCCGGAGGCUGCAGUCUGACUGGGACCCAAAGCUCUGGCUGGUGUCCCUGGGGCCUCUGCAGUUACUAUGGGCCCCUGUCUGCUCUCCACACUGAACCAUUAGGGGCCCGAAGGGUGGAGCGCCAGAGUCAUUGGGGAGUGGGAUAA